AUGGGACGCCGCCCCGCGCGCUGCUACCGCCAGAUCAAGAACAAGCCCUACCCGAAGUCGCGCUACUGCCGCGGCGUGCCCGACCCCAAGAUCCGGAUCUACGAUGUGGGGGCGAAGAAGAAGGGCGUGGACGAGUUCUCGUUUUGCGUCCAUCUGGUGAGCUGGGAGAAGGAGAAUGUGUCGAGCGAGGCGCUCGAGGCCGCGCGCAUCGCUUGCAACAAGUACAUGGCCAAGUACGCUGGAAAGGACGCCUUUCAUCUGCGCGUUCGAGUUCAUCCUUACCACGUCCUGCGAAUCAACAAGAUGCUCUCGUGCGCUGGAGCUGACAGGCUCCAAACUGGAAUGCGAGGAGCAUUUGGAAAGCCACAAGGGACUUGCGCACGAGUAGCUAUCGGUCAAGUUCUCCUCUCCGUUCGCUGCAAGGAUCACAACAGCGCCCACGCUCAAGAGGCUCUCCGGCGAGCAAAGUUUAAGUUCCCGGGUCGCCAAAAGAUCAUCGUGAGCCGAAAAUGGGGCUUCACCAAGUUCAACCGGGAUGAUUAUCUUCGCUGGAAGCAA